GAUCAGCUGAGCUCAUAGGGAAGCAGGAAAAGGAGAAGUAGGAUUCAUAAUCUGUAUCACGUGUAUAUGAGACGUUAUUUUGGUUUGUGGAGAUCUAUCGGUAAAUCAUUGACGCGUGCUGAUGUUAUUGUAAUAAAAAAGAGAUUUAACCGGAAUAUUCACACAUCGCAUCUGUGGAGAAUGGCAGGACAUAGCGGUGGCCUGUCAGGAUCGCAGCUCAAAUGCCGCUUUGUUUGCCGUCCCAGCGUGGAUUCAUCAUCAUUCAUGCUGUUUGUCCUAAAAUCCGUCUGAAUUCAACCCAAAACACAGUCCGUACAGAGACCGGCUAUUAAACCUUACCGAGCAUUUUACAGUUUCUCUGCCUCUUUCCCAUCAUUGCCUGAGAUGAAUUCUCGACAGCUGUCUGUGGUGUGGGCGCUCACUUUAGCCCAGCUGUGUGUGUUUUCUUUGGCUUGUCCUUCUGGGUGCCGCUGCUAUAGUUUGACUGUAGAAUGCGGAUCCAUUGGACUGAAAGAAAUCCCACAAGGCGUCGCUUACGGCACACAGACUAUAUUUCUGCAGGACAACGCCAUUGGACAGAUCCGUCAACGGGAUAUAUCUGAGCUUGGCCAGCUUCACUAUUUCUACCUGCAGAACAACAGCAUCUCCACCGUUGAAGCUGGAGCGUUCAGAAAGCUUGGACUGCUUCUUGAACUCGCUCUUAAUGGAAACCGGAUCCACUUAAUCACAGCUGACGUGUUUCGUGGCUUGGAUCACUUGCGCAUUCUCUAUCUCGCAGGAAACCAGAUCACCAGAUUGGAAGACUACACUUUCCGUGGACUACAGCGUCUACAGGAGCUGCAUCUUCAGGAGAAUGGGUUGGAGAUGCUCGGUGAUCAAGCUCUUGUGGGUCUGUCGUCUCUGGCUCUUCUGGACCUCAGCAGAAACAACCUAAGGACUCUGAGUCCUGCUUCACUCAAACCCCUUGUGAGCCUGCAGGUGCUGAGAGUCACAGAUAACCCGUGGCGCUGCGACUGUGCUUUGCACUGGCUUCGAGGCUGGAUAAAUGCAGAGGGCCAGAGACUGCUGAGCUCAGCCGAGCGGCGGAUGUUGUGUGCAGAACCACCACGCCUUUCCCACCUCAGUCUGGUUGAGGUUCCUGCAAACAGUCUAGUAUGCAUCCCCCCAGUAGUGCAGCUGGAGUCUAGUCACUUGACCGUGCGUUUGGGGGAGAGCUUGCGUGUGUCUUGCCAGGCGUCUGGAUACCCGCAGCCCCAGGUCACCUGGAGAAAAGCGUCUCAUGGUAAAGCCCAGCUGUCUCCCAGGGGUUUGGUACAAGAGGUUGGAAUAGAAGGAGAUACCAGGAAUGGGGGAAGGUUGGUGACUGCCAGACCCGUCGGAAAAGGUGGAGCGUCGAGUCGGGGCCCGGUGCGUGGAGUGGAAGAUGGAGGUGAUAGAGAAAGCUUUGAUCCAGACACUGGUAGCGGGAUGCUGUUUCUCAGUAACGUUACUGUGGCGCAUGCUGGAAGAUAUGAAUGCGAGGCCUGGAACCCUGGAGGGGUGGCUCGUGUGACCUUUCACCUUUCUGUGAACAUGUCCUCGUCUUCUUCCACCUCUGUGAUAUGGCCUCGGCUACACUCUUCGUCGUCUUACUAUCAUCCUUCCUCCGUGGACGUAAGCCAGGAGCCGCUGUAUGAACUGGAGAGCAUGGACUUCAACGCUUUGGGCACGGCCACUCAGACCGCCAUAGCUGUGGGCAUUUCUUUACUGGCCCUGACGGCCCUGCUGCUGCUUUGCAUGAUUUAUAGUCGUCACCAGCAACGACAAAAGGAAGAGGGUGGUUAUAGUACCAGCAAGGAGGAGAGCAUCCUCUACGUCAAUGACUAUUCCGACGGUCCUACCACUUUCGCUCAACUGGAAGAGUACAGAGAUGAUCGUGGCCAUGAGAUGUAUGUGCUGAACCGUGCCAAACCAGUGCUGGCUCCCCAUCCGACUGCCAACCAACAGGGGGUGGCGCUCAAGGCAAUUGAGAUGCUUCAGAGUCAGUGUAUGCUAACCCCAGAUAGAGGGCCAGGCAUUGGCAGCCGCAGAGCUCCUGCAGAGGGCGGAGAAGGUCCGCCGCCUGAUCCUGAGGGUUUGUUUUUGAACCAGAGCUUGCUGUUUGACACACAGAUUGCUUAUGAAAUCCACUGCUGAGCAGUAACUCAGUGAUUCUGUGCUUGACCCCGUCAAGCUUGGUAAAUGGAAAGACUUACAGUAGUUUUCAAAGCAUUCAAAUUGACCACAGAUUGGUGGGGUUUUUUGCCAUCUGACAUUAUUCUGCUCAAUUUCUUUUUGUUCAGAGAGCACAAGUACUUUUUUGAGAUAGUAAAGGAAUACCAUACUUUAAAGCUAUCAACAAACAGAACUGAUUUUGAGCAGGGUUCCAAAACAGUUGGAUAAACAGAUACAGAAGUGCUCCUAUGUUGCCAUAUCAAGAUGAAAGCGCAAAAUCUUAAAAGCGCUACAGAGCUCUACAGAGUGGUAAAAUCAACUUACAAAUAGCUUAUGGCUGCCUCUGCACAUUAGGCUGAAAGUACACACAGUAGCUUUUAAAUAAUAAUUUAUUCCUUUAGAGCAGUGGUCACCAAUCUUCUUCCUGGAGAUCUACCCUCCUGCCUAAUUUAGAUCCAACCCUGUUUCUCUCAUUUUUGGGUAGCCGUGAAAAGUUUGAUUAGCAUGUUCAGGUGUGUUUGAUUAGGGUUGGAGGUGAACUCUGCAGAAGGGUAGUCACCUGAAUGAGAGCAAGGUUUUGGCACGGAGGAAGGAAUGGAGCCCAACUAGUUUGUUAGAGCUGUGCAGUGAGUAAACCUUAAUCCCCAACCUCAAGAGGUGCUUUAGUGACAGAUGCUAGAGGCUGUGGCCUUUAUGAUCCUCAUUAGUGUGCCCAAUUCCCAAUCCCAUGCCGGACUGAUGACUGGUUCAAGUCUCAUUUAGUGUGGGAUCGAGUAGGACUGGUUACCGUGGUGUGGGCCCCAGAUGGAAGUGAGGUUUGGGGGAGGUUUUGGAAUGGAGCCCCAACUAGUUUGUGAGAGCUGUACAGUGAGUAAACCUUACUCUCUGACCUCAAGAGGUGCUCUAGUGACAGAUGCUAGAGGCCGUGGCCUUUAGUCUCCUUGUUAGAGUUCCCAAUUCACAUGCCAGACCGAUGGCUGGAUCGGGUUAGAGUAGGACCAUUUACAAGAGCAGAAACCAAAAAGAAAAUUCUGUGAUCACAAGUCCAUAACACAGUAUAUAAUCCAUACAGUAUAUUUUUUCAUGAAACAAAAAGGAGGAUUCUUGAUGAAUGACUGGAUACCUCUAUACAGCGCACAAGUCGUAUGGACUAAGUCUCUUUUGGAGUUUGUAAGCUGUGGUCACUAUUAGCACUCAUUAUAUGAGAAAGAGCUGUGAAAAUCUCCCCCAAAAGUUCCCUUUUAUGUUAAACUAGAACAAAAACAGCAUAAAGUUUUGAAACAACAUAAGGGGGAGUAAAUGCAGAAUUUCCUUUUUUUGGUAAGCUAUUCCUUAAAGUUUCUGAAAGCAACCCUAAAGGCAAAUUUUCAUGGAAAUAAAGCCUUUAUUUCAUUUACAGACUGUUACCUACCUUAUAAAGAAAAGGUACAACAAAUCAACCAAAAACAGUGGAGUAUGUCUUCUUGUUACUGUGAAAUGAACAUGAUCCAGACUGAGAGCUAUGAGAAGGUUUUACUUUCGUUUGAGCGGAAACUAAGAAGACAACGGUAAAGGACAUGGGACAUCCCUGUGUCAAACAUUUCACUUUCUCUGCUUGUGUCAGGCAGUGUGAAUAGCUUUGAUGUCUUUCUUGCAGAAGCUGUCUUCAUGUCAAGUAUCUUCUUCCUUUUACAUGCAUUCCUGUGAGUAUUUAUUUAUAUGUGCAAGGCAGAUGAGAAAGAAACUGGGUGUAAACAAGAACCAAAAGCAGGUGGGUGUAUGUUUGCAUCAGCGAAGUGAAGCAGUUCUUUUUCUAGGGAUGUGUGCCCCGAUAUUCUUGACCUCUGUUAGAGGAACACUGUGAAUAAAAACACUGGACUCUUGAUUCACAGCUUUGCUUUUGUAAGUUAUAAAUAUGGAAGUUUCUUUUAUAUAACAGUACUGUUUUUCUUUUUGACAGUGUCUAUAUGUUUUCCUGUUUGCUUUUCCAGCAGCAUUAUACAGAGAAAUGAUGAGUAGUGAUUACAUCAGGGUAUACAAGCUUCAGCUGAAUACAAUAGUUUGUGUAUUUCUGUCAAAUUGUCUAUCAAAUAUUGACCACCUAUUUUAUCCAAAUAAAUUAUGCAUUCAUUUGA